AUGAUUAAGAUCAUUUAGAGAAAAUAAUAAUUACUUUUUGUUGGUUAAUAUGAUUUAGGAAAAAGAUAAGGAGAAUGGUAAAUAGUCUCAUAAAACUCUAUACUGUAUAUUAAUAAAUUAUUGAUUUAGAGGAGGAGGAUCAUACGAUGCUGAUGGACUGAAAAAUGGAAAAUGGACAGAAGUACAAUAUAUAUUAUCAGGGUAAAUUGAAUUUUAUGCUUUGUUAGAUGUAUUUUGAUCAAGGAAACAGGAGAAUAUUAAAAUGGAAUAAAAAUAGGUCAAUGGGUUGUUAAUUGGGUUGAAAUUUUAACAAAAAAUAAUAAAAUUAUGUAUUUUUCUGUUGAUAUAUCAAAGUGGAGGUGGAAAUUAUGAUAAUAAUGGAAUUAAAUAAGGACUUUGGUAGGAUUUAAUUGAAGAUUUUAGUGAGUAUUUAUUGCCAAAUAAUAAUCAGAUAGAAUUAAUUAAUAUAUAAAGGGACUUAUCAAGAUGGAGUAAGGAUAGGCGAAUGGAUCAUAUUAAGCACGAAAGAUAUUCCUAAUUUUACGAGCGCGAAUUAAUAUAGUAUAAAAGUGAGAGGAGGAGGAAAAUAUGAUCAAAAAGGACUAAAAGAUGGUUUAUGGAAUGAACCCUGUUAAAGUUAUCGACAGUAUUUUCUCAUUUAUAGAAGAAAAUGUGAAAUUUUUUAAAAUGGUGAAUAUAAAAAGGGGAAGAAAUUUGGAUAGUGGAAUAUUACUUUUAAAAAAAAAUUAUUUCUCAGAGACAAUAAAGAAUCUAAAUUUGAAGAAAUGUAUUGUAUAAUAUAAAUAUUAGUGGAGGGGGAAUCUAUAAUGAUUCUGGUGAAAAAAUUGGACUUUGGAAGGAGUUAUCUGACAAUUUUAGUGAGUAUAAUUACUUUAAAAUUUAGAGAUUCGCAAAUUGUACUUGAAGGUAAUUAUAUAAAUUGUAAGAAAACUGGAAAAUGGAUUAGCAAAUAUAGAUAUAGCGAAAGCAAUAACUUUGAAAUCAUGUAUAACUACAGUGUAUUUAAUUUAGAGGAUGUGAAAACUAUGACUAAAAUGGUUUAAAAUCUGGGUUAUCGAAGGAAGUAAGCGAAAACUUUUCAGAGUAUUCUUCAACUCAAUAUAAUAGUUCAUGCUAAGUUAUUGAAAUAGUUUAAUAUCAAAAUGGUAAAAAGUUUGGAAGAUCUUAAAUUGAAUAUAGAAAAAUUCAUGGUUCUUAAUUUGUUUAAAUGUAAUAUAAUAUUGAUUGUUUUUAGAGGGGAAGGGAAUUAUAAUUAAAAAGGAAAAAAAGAUGGAAUUUGGACAGAGUUACAUUAUAAAUUUAGAGAGUAUAUUUUAACUAUAGUAUAAGUUUUUGUUAAGUAAUGAAGAAAGGAUCAUAUUAAAAUGGAAUAAAGUAGGAUAAUUGGGAUAUUCUUUUCCGCGAAUUCGCUGAUCAAGACUUCGUUAAAAUGUAAAGUAUUAUAAUAACAAUAGAGGAGGUGGUGUUUUUGAGAAAGGUGUUAAAAAUGGAUAGUGGACUGAGAUUGAUGAUAAAUUUUGUAGGUAACUAGAUGAUCUAUCCUAGUAGAUCUCGUUAAAUAAUAUAGAAACUAGAAUAUAAUUUAGGAUAAAAAGUGGGAAGAUCCGAAAUUUUUUUUAGAAAUCAUAAAACAAAUGAUUUUUUGGUUAUGUAUUAAGUUUGAUUAUAGAAUAGUGGUAAGGGUUAAUAUGAUACUACAGGUAGUAAACAUGGAGAAUGGUUAGAACCACAUGAAUAUUUUUGGGAGUAAGAUUGAAUAAUAAUAAUCUCAGACACUAUCAAUUAAAUUGGCUUGGAUCAUAUAAAUUUGGAGUUAAGCAAGGUCUUUGGUAAAUCUCAAAAAAUUUAUGGUCUUAACCAACUGAUAUUAUGUAAAAAAUUCUUAAAAUAGAUGAGAGCUGGAGGUACUUAUGAUGAUGAUGGAAAUAAAGAUAAAAAAUGGACUGAUUUAGGUUGGAAUUGCCUUUAAUCCAGUUUCAUUUUGUCUGAAGGAGAAUAUUCAUCAGGUAAGAAAACGGGCGAAUGGGUUUUAAAAUUGCAAGUUUAUGAUGAAAUAUAAUAGAUGUAAGUUUAUAUGUGAAUUUAGUGGUUCUUGUAGUUAUGAUGAUAAUGGUUUAAAAAAUGGAAAAUGUAUUGAUUUUGAUCAAAACUUCUUCUUGUAAAUCAUUUUAUAAUCUUAGCAAUAAAUGUGCAUAUUAAUCUACAUAUAUACAUGGAAUUAAAUUGAAUGAUUCUAGAGAAUUUUUUAUAAGGUGA